CAUAAUUUCUUAUCAGACUUUACCAAGGAAUAUGCCAAGCCAUCGAGCCCAAGUCGUGCCUCGUUAUCCAGAAGGUUAUCGCACUCUUCCAAGAAAUACUAAGACCAGGCCAGAUAGCCUUUGCAGUGUUUACGAUAAGACCCUUGGAUCCUUGCCAGCGGAAGAUAAAAGGAGAUCGAUGCGAGAUGACACCAUGUGGCAACUCUACGAAUGGCAACAACGGCAGUUUUACAAUAAGCAAACGACUCUGACCAGACACGGUACUUUAAGUAGCCCCAAAACCAUGAUUAAUAUAUCUGAUCAAGCAAUGCAUUUGAUUCCCACAUCACCUUCCCAUGGUUCAAUAGCAGGUUUCCAAGGAUACUCCCCUCAGAGGAACUACAGGUCGGAAGUGUCCUCACCGAUACAGAGAGGAGAUGUCACCAUUGAGCGUCGACACAGACCUCAUCAUAACAAGCAGCAUGGCUUUGUCCCUGACAGAAGGUCGAUUCCAGCUGGCUUGAGCGUGCAGCCUAUUACUCCCCAGAGCUUGCAAGGCAAAACUCCAGAGGAGCUCACUCUGCUGCUUAUAAAGCUGAGAAGGCAGCAGGCCGAACUGAGUAGUAUCCGGGAACACACAUUAGCACAACUCAUGCAGCUAAAACUUGAGGCCAGCAGUCCAAAGAAUGAGAUUCUUUCUCAUCAUCUCCAAAGGAAUGCCAUUUAUUUGGACCACCAGAUGAAAGAGAAUGAACCUUUAAUCAUCUUGGUUCACACUAUGAUUGAGAACUCGGCGCUAAGACCACAACUGUACCAUCAACUGACGCAAGAUGAAAGUAGGCCUACUCUGUACAAAUACAGAUCAGAAGAACUGGAUAUUGAUGCUAAGCUUAGCCGAUUAUGUGAACAAGAUAAAGUCGUGCAGGCCCUCGAAGAGAAGCUUCAGCAGCUGCACAAGGAAAAAUACACGCUUGAGCAAGCUUUGCUAUCGGCCAGCCAAGAGAUACAAAUGAAUGCAGAAAAUCCAGCUGCCAUACAAAAUGUCAUCUUACAGAGGGAUGAUUUGCAGAAUGGCCUGCUUAGCACUUGCCGAGAAGUAUCUCGGGCUACGGCGGAACUCGAGAGGGCUUGGAGAGAAUACGACAAACUAGAAUAUGAUGUGACAAUCACAAAGAACCACAUGCAGGAGCAGCUGGAACGGACAGGCGAGGUUCAGAGUGAGUCGGCUGGGAUACAGCGUGCUCAGAUUCAGAAAGAGCUUUGGCGAAUUCAGGAUGUAAUGGAAGGUUUGAGUAAACAUAAGCAGCAAAGAAACAGCACCACGGAGGCAGGUAUCAUAGCAUCAAAGACGUUUUCACCAAAAUAUAAAAAUGAGGAAGAGGAAGUAGUCCCACCUCGUCCUCCGCUCCCUCGGUCCUAUGACUUUGCAGAGCAGCUUCCCAUAAUCCCCCCUCUGCCCAGUGAUAGCAGCUCCUUGCUCUGUUAUAGCAGGGGCCCCGUCCAUCUGCCUGAAGAGAAGAAGAUUCAUCAAGUUCAAGGCUACCAAAGAAAUGGAGCUCACUGUGGUCCUGAUUAUCGGCUUUAUAAAAGUGAACCUGAGCUAACAACUGUGACAGAAGUUGAUGAGUCGAAUGGAGAAGAAAAAGCAGACCCCGUUUCUGAGUCAGAAGCUUCUAUGACUAAAGGAUCACAUUUUCCCAUUGGAGUUGUGCCACCUAGAACAAAGUCACCCACCCCAGAAUCUUCAACCAUCGCUUCCUAUGUGACUUUAAGGAAAACAAAGAAGAUAGACCUAAGAACGGAAAGGCCGAGAAGCGCAGUGGAGCAGUUAUGCUUGGCCGAAAGUACUCGCCCACGAAUGACGUUGGAGGAACAGAUGGAGAGAAUAAGGAGGCACCAACAGGCCUGUUUGCGUGAGAAAAAGAAAGGCCUGAACCUUAUUGGCAUUUCAGAUCUCUCCCCGUCACAAAGCCCAGCCCACGUCAGAGAAAAUCCUUUCAAAUUAUUGCAGAGCCCAAGGAAAGAAGACUUUGUAUGCAAUCCCAAGGAAGUCGAAUAUAGCGUUCGAAUGAGUGACAUAAGCCAAAGCCAUGCGAAUGAUGUAGAAGACACACCUUGGUUGAAAGAAAAUGAUUGUGCCAAUGAACACAACCCUACUUUUAUUACACAGCUACCAAAAAGUGAAGAACAGCUGUUCCCAGAUCUUUCACAGCCACAGGAGAGAAAUCCCGAAGAAGCACCUGAGAAGUCAGAAGAAGAGACGGGAGACAGUGAUGAUAGGUAAAGCAAAGGGGAUAGUAG